UGGAAACCGGAAGUUGUUAAAUUUCUAUUUUGACUAGCUCGACAAAUAUCGACACGAAAACAGAUGGGAUGGCUGACAUAACCAACAAAGUUUUAAAAUACAAAUCGUAUUUAAAUGCAAGCAAAAAUGAUACAGACAAGGUGCUUCAUAUUGUUAGAAGACUAUCAGAUCUACCAAUAAAUGUUGAUGUUCUGCAGGCAACUGGUAUUGGAAAGACUGUCAAUGGAUUUAGAAAGGAGGAUGGUGAAGUGGGCAUGUAUGCUAAAGCAUUGGUCUUUAAAUGGAAGAUGAUGGUUGCUGAAGAAGCUAUACGAUUGGAGAAGGAAAAUGAGGCUGAAGUCAGUGAAGAUCAAAAUGACCAAUCAGAAAGAGGAUCAGAGUCACCUGGUAGUAAUCAUUCCGAACAAAGGUCACCUUCACCUGAGGAAGACCAAUCAACUCCCAGAUCUCAAUCACCUGAUAGCAACCAAUCAGGAAGUAGAUCUCCAUCACCUGAUAAUGAAUCUAGUGAUGAUAGUCAUGUGGAAAAAGAAAAUCAACAAAGGAAAAAUGUUGAGGGUGAUAGUAGGUCUAAAAACAACCACUAUGAUAAAAAAGUAGAAACUAAACAUGAAAAGGCUCCUCACAGACAUGAGUCAUCUAAAGAUAGGGAUAAAAGACAUGAAAUACAAAAACACAAAUCUAGUAAAAGUGAAAAACAUGAGAGUAAGAACGAUAAAAUAUCGGACAAAUCUCAUAAAGAACACAAGUCAUCUCAUUCAAGUCAUAACUCAUCUGAUAAAAAACUCUCUAGUGAAAAGGAUAAAAAGCACUCUAGUGAUUCUGAUAAAAAACAGCAAAGUGAUAGUAAGUCUGAUAAAAAACAUUCUCAGGAUAAAAAUGAUGAUAAACAACACAGGGAAAAACACAGGGACAAACAUACAGAGGAAAAACACAGACAUAGUCAGAACAAGAGUAAACAUUCUAGUGAAAAAAGUGAUAUUAAGUCCGACAAGAAAGAAGUUGAUAAGAAAGAGAAAAAUAGUAGUGAUCGCCAUAAAAGUAGCAGCAAAGAUGACAAAAAAUCGGAAAGUAGUCAUCGAAGUGAAAGUCACAGAAGUUCCAAGGAAAAAAUUGACAGUAAACAUUCGGAAAAAGAACACAAAAGUAGAAGUAGUGAGACUACUCACAAAAGUAGCUCUGAUAACAAGCACAAAAGUGAUUCUGAUCAUUCUGGUGAUAAAGAUGUUAAACCCUCAAGUGAUAAAGAUCGUAAAAGUGAGCAAAGUGUUGCUGAUAAAAAACACGGGAGUGGAAGUCACAAGUCUGAUAAAAGUAGCAAAGAUGAAAAUAAACAUUCAAGUGAAAAAAGUUCGGAUAGAAAACACAGUGAAAGUCACAGAAGUAGUAAGGAGGAAAAGAGUGAAAAACAAUCUGUGAAUUCAAGUGACAAACAUACUCAUAGGAGUUUAAGUAGCCAUAAAAACAGUAAUCAUCAUGAAAAGGAAAGCAGAAAAGAUGAAAAGCAUUCAGGGAGUGAAAAAAGUGAUAAAAAAGACGAAAAAAAUUCUGGGAGUGAAAAAAGUGAUAAAAAAAACGAAAAGCAUUCUAGUAGUGAAAAAAAUUCAAGUGAAAAACAUUGUAGUAGUCGUGAAUCUAGUAAAGAUAAUUCUGAUAAAAAACACAGCAGUGAGAAAAGUGAACAGGAAAGAUCUCAUAAAUCAAGUGAAAAGAAAGAUACAAAGAACAGUUCUGAGAACAAUCACAGAAAAGAAAGAUCAGAGUCAACUGAUAAAAGUAGGUCAGAUAAAAAACACUCCAGUUCUAGUAGUGAUAAACAUCGUUCAGAAUCGGAAAGAAAAAGUAAAGACUCAGAUAAAAGAGAGAAAGACAACAAGAAGGAGAAGGAUGAUAAGCACAAACAUAGUAGUGAUUCUGCUCACAAGCAUCGAAGUGAAUCAGACAAAUCUCAUAAACAUCGUAGUAGUUCUGAUUCUAAAAACAAGGAUCGAAGUGAAUCUGAUAAAAAAGAUAAACAUUCAAGUCAUUCUAGCCGCUCUGAUAAACACAAAAAAGAUUCAGAUGAAAAAGCAAAUAAAAAUUCAGAUAAACACAAGAGCGCAAGUGACAUCAUGGCAGAACUGGCAAAGAAUAUAAUCUCAAAUUGUGAAGAAAAAGUUGAAUAUUCUCAAUCAAUGGAUUCAGAUGGAAAUGAUUUGACAGAAAGUGAACAAAAACACGAAGAGGAGAAUAAGAUCAAACCUAUGGAAAAUUCUUGGGGUAUGGAUAUCAAUGAUUUGGAAAAUGAUAAUUAUUUGGAGGAGAAUUUUUCAUUUGAAGAUAUAGAAAAAAGUGUGAAAGAACGGAUGAAAUAUAUCGAUCAUAAUGCAAAAAACUAUAGUCUUGAUGAUUUUGAUGGUUUUGCUGAUUCUUUGUUAGAGAAUGGAUUAACCGAUGGAUAUGAUAGUCCGCUGUUACCUCUACCGUCCUUAAGUAGAAACAAACAUAAAAAAUCAUCGAGGGAUACUGAUAAAUCGGAUAGUAAAAAGUGCAAAAUUUCAAGUGAAAGCGAAAAACAUAAAUCUUCAAAAUCGCAAAAGAUGAGUGGCAAAUCAAAUAGCUCAGGAAAGUCAUUUGAUGAUACUCUAUUGGCAGACAAGAAAAAGAAAGUAAAGAAAAGAGAGGUGGACAGUAAAUAUACAGAGUUGAUAUCAAAGUUCAAAAUAAAAAAGAAAGGAACAGAAGGGGAUAAAUCAGCAGGAAGUAAAUCUUCAGACAACAAGGGAAGUAAAUCUGAUAUGAAGGGAAGCAACUCUGUAAAGAUUAAGCAGGAAAAACCAGACAAAUAUCAGCAUAGUGGAAGUAAAAGAAAAUCUGAAUCACAGUUGGAAAAGCCAGUUACCAAGCAGAUCAAACUUGAGAGUUUCCCUAGUGGUCUACCAGAACCAAUGCCUGACUAUAAACCAAAGAAAUAUAUACCACCACCAGAGGAAAUUAAAAAAGGUUCUGUUUUUGACGAGUCUGUGAUUGGAACGAAGACUUAUGAUAGGACGAAGGUGUACUCAGGAAAGAAAUCAACUCUAGUUCCAGAGGUGUACAAACUACAAGAUAUAUGUAUGCAGAUUCUAAUGAACAAUAUAGAAAGUUUAGACUAUGUUGGUGGUGUGCCAUUCUACAUACUGAAGCCUGUCUUAGAGAAGUGUACACCUAAUGAUUUAUACAGACUCGAAGAUUGUAACCCUCAUUUCCUUGAAGAUUCAGAUUAUUUAUGGAAACAGCAUUGUAACAAGGAAUUUAGAGGUGUUGAUAGAGAAGAAAUGGAAUCAUGGAGGGAAUUAUACUGGAGGAAGUCCGAUGAGAGAGAAGAGAAACUAAAAGCUAUAAGACAAAGUAUUUCUGCUGCUCAGGUCAAGAAAGAUCCAUUGCGACAGACAAAGUUAGCCUAUGUAGAUUCAAUGGCCAAGCCACCUCGUGAAGUCAGACGACAGCAGCUUAAGUAUGGUACCAGUGUUAAUGUAACAGGAGAAAGGUUUAGAAAGUUCUCACCAGGAAUGAUGGAUGUUGUCCCAUUGGGAAAAUCUAGACCAGUCUCAAAAGCUCCAAUGAUGGCAAAAACAUUAAAUAUGAUAAAGAAAAUUAGAAAGUGAAAACAAUCUUGUAAUCUACAGAAAACAAUCAACAGAGAGAAAAAUGGAUACAGACAAUGUCAGAGAUGCUGCUCAAGAAGGCAGCCUGAAAGAUUCAGGUGUCUUGGUAACACACAAGAUUCCAUAUCACACCAAAGUUCCUGGUUACUGAUUUAUGCGAACUCAAGAAUGGAGUAAACUUAAACAUCUGUAUUGCAAAGUCAUGGAUGAAAUAAUUUAUUGAUUUUUUUAAAAGAACAUUAUUAAAUAUGUGCUAUGAUACUGUUCUUAAAUGUAAAGUGCUUUAUUUUAAGUUUUUAAGUUUUAAUUUAUUGUAGUGUUAUCCAGUUAUGUUCCAUGAAAUACACAUCACUUAUGUUCUAUGAAAUACAUGUCAAUUAUGUCCCUUGAGUAAAACACCACACAAUAAAUCUAUGCUUUACACAUUGUAUAUUUAAAUGCAAUGUUUACAAAAGCUAUUUACCCAUAAUCUUUUUAAAUAAAAUUUUGCUUCAUGUUUUUUACUGCUUUAAAUUAACUCAUAUGUAUAUAUGGUUUAAAACAAAAUGUAAACAUUGCAAAACAGAAAUAAUCUAUGCAUACUUGAAGAGAUCCAGUCUUGAAUUACAUUCCCUAGCACUUACUUUCAGUUUGAAAAAAAAGCUUUAAUACAUGUGUAGGAAUCUGAAAAUUUAAUUUUUGUUCUGUAAAUUGUUAAAUUGGGUGGUUGGAAAUAAUAUUUAAAUAAGUACAAAAGUUUCCUUUAAUGUAUGGUUUGUAACAAAGACCUGAAAUGCUUAUAUCACAAUUUUGGUAGUUUAAAAAAAUAUAAAUUGGGAUAUUGUCAUUUAAUUAUGUCUAGAUUUAGAGCAAGUCAAACAACAACAAUACUUUAUUUUAAGAGGGUUACACAGUUAGCUGUAUAACUAAUCUUCCCUGAGGAAGCCUUAAGUGGGGAGAAGAAUUUUAGCAAGUUUUAUUUACUACUGUUUGGGAUAUGAGGGUGUAUGUUGCUAGAAAAAAAUAGAAAAUUCCAAAGCAGUUCCAAGCAUGAACCCAAAAUAACUUCUUACGUAAGAGCUCCCAAAACAAUAAAUUAUAAAAUGUAUUUACUGAAUAUGUACUUUUUAGUUUUUUUUUAGUUUUAGUUUGUUUUGAUAUAUUUUAGUUUUUAAAGUUGCACAAAUGAAUUUAUAGCAACUUCUUUAAAAUCUUUAUAAUGGAAAUAUUUUAUUUUAACGAUGAUCCUUUGCUAGAAUGAUUAUAUUGAAGCAUUCUUUUGUUUAAAUUAUAAUAUCUCUAUUUAGUGAAAAUAAUUUUUUUUUUGCAAUUUGAAAUUAGUCUAUAAAAUGAAUUCAGUUCCUUUCAUUUAUUUGACAACCUAAUUUGACUUAGAAAAAGUAUGUUUGCUCUUAUUUUAAAUAAAAAACCUUUUGAAAAAAAAAUAAAAAUUGAUAUAUAUAAAUAAAGGAAAUAGUAAAAUAGUAAAAGGAAGGGUCCUUGUCCAUGAUUUUGAGAUAUUAGCCAUUAAAAAUUUGAUGAACAUCAUUAUCUCCAGAUUUUGUAUACAAUUAACAUUGGCAACUUUUUAUUUCAAAAUUUAUGAAAAAAUAACAAUGUUUGUAAGAUUUUCAAGUAUGGCUUUUAAACUCGACAUUCAAUAAAAUUAUGAAAAAAAACCGUUAAACUGGACCCUUGCUGUGUUCACUUUUGGCUACACUUCGGUGCGAAGAUAUAGAUGGAAUGGCAGACCCAGAGUUCGCGAAAUCUUUUUUCCCCUUGUGGUCCUUGAUAAAAAUCUGCUGGUCCCGACUAUUAAUCUAUUGAAAAAUGCUGUAAGUCCUAUGCAAAUUUUUGAGGUAAAAUCCCUAGGACUGAUACUUUUCGCGAACUCUGCGGACCAGUUUAAAGAAAAGUAGGGAUAAGAGGGCAAAAUCAUCUUUGGUAUUACAUGAGUAUAACCAGAAGAUUCUGAAUAUAUCUGACAAAAAGUAAAAAACAAGAGGAGCCUUUUGUUCAGUGUUCAAAAAUCAUUCCAUUUCUAUAUUUACUCUUUAAAUUGUGUUGAUUGUUGACAUUUAUUGUGUAAUUUCUGCUUUAAAAGGGAAAUAACUCAAUUAUUGUAAAAUUUCUGCUUUAAAAGGGAGACAACUAGAGCAUGUAAAUUUCCUUAUUGUUUCAAUGGUAGUUGUAAUGUUUACACAGUAUGAAUGAGGGUUUUAGUUUGUUAAUUAAUAAGAGAAAAAGUUUUAAAUGCAUAAAGAAUAGAGAAAAACAAGACAAAAGUAAAGAUUAGAGAAGGUUGGGGUACUUAAAUUUAAAGCAAAAUGUGCAGAAAAUAUAAAUAUUGAAAAAUCACCUAAAAUAUUUGUAAAUAUAGAAAUGAAGGACCCCCAUUCAGACCCUUGUGAAUAGAUAUGUUGGAAAAUUCACCGUCUUUGAAAAAUAGACAAAUAUCUCUUCUGUCAAGCUCUUAAUGAGUGUAGUAAUUAAUGUAGAGGGGACUGUUAAUAAUCUGCCGUCAGACUUUUAAAUGUUUUAAAAUUUGGUUAAUUCUUAAAAUGAAUUAUUAGCAGCAGUCCAGAUUUUUCAAUUAAAGGAAUCAGAUACAUUUUGUAGUUUCAUACUGUUUGAAGAAGGGGGAUAAUUCAGUUUAAUUUACUUAAUUAAAAGAUUCAAGAGUUUUAGGAAUGUACCCAUUUUCUUACAUUACAUUUGUGAUCUUUAUUUGUAAAAUGAUUUAUUACUGGGUAAAUGCCAAGUAUACAAAAAAUUAUAUUCCUUGUUUAAGAACAGACAUAAGUAGAUUUACAUUUGAGGAUUUUUCAAAGUUCUUUCACUGGAACAAAUUUUUCUUUGACUUUGUGCUUGUUUUAUGCUUUUAUUUUUUGUAAAGCAUAUAUGGUUUUAUGUGAAUUAGUUUUAUAAUUAUUAUAUUUACUGUAAAUUCAGAAAUUAUUGCAAAAAAUGCGACAGAGUUGUAAAUGCAAUAACUUAAACUCAUACUUUGAAAUAUUUUAUAUGAAUUAAACAGGAUUUUUCUCAAAAUCGUAAAAAUUAAAAUUGCAUUUUAGUCUAAACUGACAAAAUUGCAAUAAUAAAUGCAGGCAAUUAUUUCUGAAUUUACAGUACUCAAUUAAAUUGAAAGUUUUCAUCAAUUUGUUUAUAUAUAAAUUCUAAAAAAUGUAUACAAGUUUUUCAUUGCAUGAAAUUCUUAUACAUCUUUGAUUUGAAAAGUCAAGCUAUGUUAACUUAAAAUCUAUGUUUUAAUUAUUCAUAGAACUAAUGACUGUUUUAUUAAAACAUGAUGGUUAUAUAUCCACGAUUUUAUACAUGAAUACAAUGGGUUAACAAUGUCAGAUAGCAUCAUAUGUUGCUUAUAGGCCUAAGAGAGACCACCGAUAGGUUGAUUGAAUUUAAAGGUUGUGUUUUUUCCACCGAAUCAUUGAGUAUAUUCUGCAUUUUUGAUCAAUCUCCAGACCAGCAGAUUCAUCAUACCAGAUACCCCAUUUUAUUUAUCAACUCCUUGUAAUUAAAAUUUCUAAAAUUCUCCCCAAGUUUCAUAUCUGAAUUUAAAAAGAAGUCUGAAGUUUAACUUAAACAAUUAACUGAGUUCAGUAUACUUAGGAAUUUGUCAAUCAUCACUUUUUUGUUGAAAAAGUACUUAAAAUUAGUUUAGAAAAAUAUAAACUUUCAAUAUUAUUUUUCCAAUUCCCCAUUAAUUUGUACAGUUGUUAUGAUGUACUUAAUUCUUGUUAACCUCCAUAUUUUGUCAUCAUUGAGUGGGUAGGAAUUGCUUCGUGCUGUACUAUCUCAAGUUCUUUAAGAAAGAAUUUUUGCCUUGAACAUUACCUGACAGCAAUGACAUUUUUGAAAAAAAGAUAAACAACUACAUUUGUUUUCAGGAAUGCAUUUAUUGGUUUAUAUCAAGGUAUUUACAACAGAAUGUUAUCUUAUUGUCAGCAGUUUUAUAUACAAAUUAAUAAAUUGUACUAAAAAUGUAAUUUUUUUGGAAAAGUUCAUCAAGGGUGAUCAAUUUGUGAUGUAUUUUAAACAUGUUAUUUAUUUUGGUUUAUUUGAAGCGAAUGGUGCUAAUAAUUAAUUAAUGGCUUACAAGUUAUGUACAGAUCAUACAUGUAUGUAAAUACAAGAAUUGUAAAUAUUGACUAUUUAUUCCAAAGAGGAUUGUUCCUGUAUGAGAAACAAUAUGGAUUAUCAACCUGCAAUAAAGGGAGAUAACUUUUAAUUUGCUAUGACAGGGAGAUAACCUACUGUUUAUCAUUGUACAUUGUGAUGAAAUUUUGUGUUUUGUGAUAAAAUAUUUUGUUGUUGUUACUGAUUAAAUGUGGGCUUGGA